GAGAUUCGAACUCGGAUCGCCGGAUUCAGACUCCAGAGUGCUCACCAUUACACCAUGGAACCACGACCAGCCCACAGCUUCACCGCCAGUCACUCCCGCCCCCGCUGUCGGAAAAGAGGCGGAGACGCAGCCCAGCCAAUGGCGUCGCUGCUCAUUUGCAUUUCCCGUUCUUUCCUCGCUGGGGCCCAUUCAGGGAACAAAAGGAGAGGUUCUUCGGGAGGGCGGGCCCAGGCCCGUUGCUUAGGAGAAGUGGGAGGAGCCUUUCCUCCUCGCUCCAGCUUUUCCAACCCCUCCCUUUCCCGGGUCGGGUUAACCCUUGAAUUCCCAGGCUCGACUCUGUUUGCUUUUGUUUUCUUUCUCCUCUCUGCGAAAUAAUUCAGGUUUAUUUUUUUUAAUUCCGAUUUUUAUCUUUUUUCGCUUCUCCCCUUUUUCUCCCAGGUCCUGGAACGUCGAUCCAGCCGGCGGUGGCAGCCCCCAAAAGGUUUGUAUUCGGCUGGCUCCGUUUGCAACCUUGGCGGAGCAUUGAGGAAUGAAAAAAAUGCAAGGAGGAGAUGGCGGCGGCUGGUUAGUCUCUGGGAGCCGGUCUCGCCUGGUGGUUAAGGCGCACCAGGCUAGAAACUGGGCGACGCAUGGACGCUGCCCGACAGGACGCUGCCCUUUUGUACGUGGUGCAAUCCGGCACGCUGAUGAUGGAGUACUUACGAGCCCGUGGCGAAGCCUCUUCGGCCGCAGCCUCCCGCCGCCGGUGGGCCUUCCUGCACUCCCUACAGCGGCGAGGAGCGGAGGAGGAUGGAGAAGACGAGCUGGAGGAGGAGAAGGAAGAGGAGGAGGAAGAGGAGGAGGAGGAGGAGGAAGGAGAAGAAGAAGAGGAUGCCGAAGAGGAAGAGGUCUUCCUGGCCAGACAGACCCGCAGCGCCGGCUUCCGGCGCGGGGGACGCCUGCGUUCGGUCGAAAGACGCUUCUGGGCUCGGCCGCGCAGCACCGAGUGGUGGGACCGGACGGUUCUGGAGACCUGGGACGAUAGCAAGUGGCUGCAGAACUUCAGGAUGCGCAAGGCGACCUUCUUGGACCUCUGCGCCCGGCUGUCCCCGGCCUUGCAGCGCCAGAAGACCCGGAUGCGGAUCCCGCUGAGCGUGGAGAAGCGAGUGGCCAUCGCCAUUUGGAAGCUGGCCACCUCCGUCUGUUACCGCGACGUAGGCAACCAGUUCGGCGUUGGCAGGUCCACCGCCGGCUCGGUGGUGCUGGAAGUCUGCCGGGCCAUUCAGAGGGUGUUGAUGCGUUCCACGGUGAACGUGGGGAACAGCCUGGCGGACACCGUCGGGGGCUUUGAGGCCAGGGGGUUCCCCAACUGUAUGGGCGUGGUGGGCACCACGCACAUGCCCAUCUUGUGUCCUCCUCACCAGGCGUCGGAGUACGUCAACACCAAGGGCUACUACUCCAUGGCCUUGCAAGCUUUGGUGGACUAUCAAGGGAAGUUCACCCAUCUGAGCGCGGGGUGGCCCGGCAAGACUCACGAAGCCAAGAUCUUCAACAAGUCCACCUUGUUCACCAAAGGGCAGGAAGGGACACUUUUUCCUCCCGCUCCCGUGGAGAUCAGCGGCGUAUCGGUCCCUCGCGUCAUCCUUGGAGGGCCGGCCUACCCUCUCCUUCCAUGGUUGAUGGUGCCCUACACUGAAGAUCUGGAUGAGGUCAAGGAGUCCUUCAACGCCAUGCUGAGCCGAUGCCAGGAGCCCUUGGAAGAAGCCUUCAGCCGUCUGAAGGGCCGGUGGCGCUGCCUGACCGGGCGCAACGACUGCGCGGUGGAGAAUCUUCCCCGCCUCAUCUCGGCCUGUUGCGUCCUGCACAACAUCUGUGAGGAGAAAGGGGAGGCCUACGAGGAGAAGUGGGAAGCUGAGGCCAAGCAGCUGGCCGCCACGUUCGAACAGCCCCUGCAGCGCCCCGAUACGCGCAUUAAACCCGCCGCUCGGUCCGAGAAGGUCCGGGAUGCUCUCUGCGCGUACAUCGCCAGCAAGAUAUGAGGAGCCGAAGGUGGUGCUGCCAGAAUUUUGGGGGAGACCAGGCCUGAAGUGAGACUUCGCAAGCCCAGGGCGCGAUCAGAUUGCCCCCCAAAACUGCCUCAAGAAUUCUGGGUGGCGUUAAGACAGCAGACUUAUAUUCUCGACGUUGAUUUUGGUGUGAAGAAUUCAGAAAUCCAGGGUAGAGAAUCCGUAGAUUCGUGUUUCUCAAUCUUGGCAACUUUAAGGAUAGACGUCCCACACCAGGAAUUUCCCAGCCUGCAUGGCUGGCCUAGGGGAUUCUGGGAGUUGAAGUCCACCCCUCUUAAAGUUGCUGACCUCCAUUGGGGAUCAGGUUGGGGAAUUCUGGGAAUUAAAGUCCCUCCCCUCCGCCAGUCUUAAAGUUGCUGAGCCCAUGUUGUGCUGAGGAAUUGUGGGAGUUGAAGUCCACCCCUCUUAAGAGUUGCUGAGGUUGCUGACCUCCAUGUUGACUGGGGAAUUCUGGGAAUUGAAGUCCACCCGUCUUAAAAUUGCUGAGGUUGCUGACCUCCAUAUUGACUGGGGGUUUCUGGGAAUUGAAGUCCCGCCCCAUCUUAAAGUUGCUGACCUCCAUGCUAUCUGGGGAAUUCUGGGAGUUAAACUUUCCCCAUCUUAAAGUUGCUGAGGUUGCUGACCUCCAUU